AUGUGGGGAAAUGGGGCGACCAUAGCUCGUCUUUUGGCGUCACAAAAUGCCAAAGUUUUUGGUUGUGAUGUCAAUAUUGAGGCGGCGCAACGUACUCAAAACCGGAUCAGUGCCGACGGGAGGGAGAUCACCGUGACACAAGCAAAUGUCACCGUCAAAGAAGACGUGGAAAGGGCUGUGAAAGAAUGCAUCAGCAAAUAUGGACGAAUUGACGUCUUGAUCAACAAUGUGGGACGUUCAGAGCCUGGUGGACCAGCUGAGAUGGAAGAGGAGGUCUGGGAUGCGCAGACUGAUAUCAACUUGAAGUCUGUGUAUCUCACAUGUCACUGCAUCAUUCCCAUCAUGGAAAAACAAGGAUCCGGCGCUGUGGUCAACGUGUCUUCCAUCGCGGGUCUCCGAUACAUCGGCAAACCACAGGUUGCGUAUGCAGCCGCGAAGGCCGCAGUCAUCCAGUUUACCAAAGCCACCGCGGUCAUCUACGCUUCAAAAAACAUCCGUUUGAACGCGGUGGUGCCAGGGCUGAUGCACACCCCUCUGGUUAAAGUUCUGGCAGAGAAGUAUGCCGGAGGCGACCACACAGCCUUUAUUGAGAAACGGCAUAAUGCUGUCCCAAUGGGAAUGAUGGGUACUUCCGUUGAUGUUGCCAUGGCCGUUGUAUUUUUGGCGUCGCAGCAAAGUCGGUAUAUCACGGGACAGAAGCUUGUGGUAGAUGGUGGGAUCACGUCGUCUACGGGGUGA